UGUAUUCCUGAAGUUCUACCAGAGAUGUCGUCCUCAGGCAUGCCGAAAAUACCUGCCCCCCUAACCAACAUCAAGAUUCAGCACACUAAGAUAUUCAUAAACAAUGAAUGGCAUAACUCGGUGAGUGGCAAAAAAUUUCCUGUUCUCAACCCGGCAACUGAGGAGAAAAUCUGUGAAGUGGAAGAAGGAGACAAGGCAGAUGUUGAUAAAGCAGUAAAGGCUGCAAGAGAAGCUUUUCAGAUUGGUUCUCAAUGGCGAACUAUGGAUGCUUCACAAAGGGGACAGCUACUGUUCAAGUUGGCUGAUUUACUUGAAAGAGACAUUCUACUGUUGGCUACACUGGAAUCAAUGAAUGGUGGAAAACUAUUUCCUGUGGCAUAUAUGAGGGACUUACCAGCCACUAUCAAAAUCUUACGCUACUGUGCAGGCUGGGCUGACAAGAUCCAUGGUCAAACAAUACCUGCUGAUGGAGACUUCUUUACUUACACAAGACGUGAGCCUAUUGGUGUAUGUGGCCAAAUUAUUCCUUGGAAUUUCCCACUGCUUAUGCUUGCUUCGAAGAUAGGACCUGCCCUUUGCUGUGGAAACACUGUGGUUAUCAAACCAGCAGAGCAAACUCCUCUCACUGCUCUUCAUGUGGCAUCUUUAAUAAAAGAGGCAGGGUUUCCCCCAGGAGUGGUGAAUAUUGUGCCUGGUUAUGGACCCACCGCAGGAGCAGCCAUCUCUUCCCACAUGGAUGUUGACAAAGUGGCGUUCACAGGAUCAACAGAGGUUGGCAAAUUGAUCCAAGAGGCUGCUGGGAAGAGCAAUCUGAAGAGGGUGACCCUGGAGCUGGGCGGAAAGAGCCCCUGCAUUGUGUUUGCGGACGCGGACUUGGACAGUGCGGUUGAGUUUGCACACGUAGGAGUCUUCCAUCACCAAGGUCAAUGCUGUGUAGCUGCCUCCAGGCUUUUUGUGGAAGAAUCCAUUUAUGAUGAGUUUGUUCGAAGGAGUGUUGAGCGGACUAAGAAGUAUGUUCUUGGCAAUCCUCUGACCCCAGGAGUCAACCAAGGUCCUCAGAUUGACAAGGAACAACAUGAUAAAAUAAUCAAUCUCAUUGAAAGUGGGAAGAAAGAAGGGGCUAAGCUGGAAUGUGGAGGAGGCCCCUGGGGGAAUAAAGGCUACUUUAUCCAGCCCACAGUUUUCUCCAAUGUGACCGAUGAGAUGCGCAUUGCCAAGGAGGAAAUAUUUGGACCAGUCCAGCAAAUCAUGAAGUUUAAAUCUUUAGAUGAAGUCAUCAAGAGAGCCAACAACACUUUCUAUGGCUUAGCGGCAGGAGUCUUCACCAAGGACCUUGAUAAAGCUGUGACAGUGUCUGCUGCCCUGCAGGCUGGGACAGUGUGGGUGAAUUGCUACUUGGCAGGGUCUGCCCAUUGUCCAUUUGGGGGAUUCAAGAUGUCUGGAAAUGGACGAGAACUGGGAGAAUGUGGCAUAUAUGAAUAUACAGAGGUCAAAACAGUCACGGUGAAAAUUUCCAAGAAAAAUUCAUAA